AUGCGGCCGCAAUAUCCCGCUUUCGGGGCCGCCGACAAAGGCGGAGCGUGUGCGAAAAUCGUGCGUGUGUACGGCUGGCGCCAAGUUGCAAGUGGCAAGUGCGCAGAGCAGCAGUUCUCAAAUACAUGUUGUGAUAAGCGUUUCAGAGUACCACAAGUUAUCCUUCUCUCUGGUACAACUGCAGUGAGAGAAAGAGGAAAACGUUUUUCUAAGCUGCUGAUGAGGGAACUGCAUAAUGUGAUUCUUUUAACUGGAGAAGAAUCAAGUGAGAUUUUUGGAGAUGUAAAGACAGUACAGUUCGAAACUAGCAAGUACUACGUGACCAUCAUAGAUGCUCCAGGCCACAGAGAUUUCAUUAAGAACAUGAUUACAGGAACAUCACAGGCCGACUGUGCAGUGUUGAUUGUAGCAGCUGGUACAGGUGAAUUUGAAGCCGGUAUUUCCAAGAACGGUCAGACUCGUGAGCACGCGCUGUUGGCAUUCACUUUGGGUGUGAAACAACUGAUCGUGGGUGUGAACAAAAUGGACUCGACUGAGCCACCAUACAGUGAGGCUAAGUUUGAGGAAAUUAAGAAGGAAGUAAGCAAUUACAUUAAGAAGAUUGGUUACAAUCCUGCAGCUGUUGCCUUUGUCCCAAUUUCUGGAUGGCAUGGCGACAAUAUGCUUGAACAUUCUGACAAGAUGAGCUGGUUCAAGGGAUGGUCUAUUGAACGUAAGGAAGGGAAGGCUGAGGGGAAGACCUUAAUUGAAGCUCUUGAUGCUAUCCUUCCUCCUAGCAGACCAACUGAAAAGCCUCUGAGACUUCCUCUUCAGGAUGUGUACAAAAUUGGUGGUAUUGGAGUACCUGUGAGUAGAGUAGAAACAGGUAUUCUGAAGCCUGGUAUGGUUGUGACAUUUGCUCCUGCUAAUUUGACGACUGAGGUGAAAUCUGUGGAGAUGCACCAUGAAGCUCUGCAGGAAGCUGUUCCGGGUGAUAAUGUUGGUUUCAAUGUUAAACGUCAACGUCAAUGCAUGUGA